AUGGCUGUUGCUAUCUCGCCUUCGGGAAAGCUCUUGGCCUCCUGCAGCACAGACGGGACGGUCGUCAUCUGCAGCAGUACAACAGGCGACGUCCGUGCCGUCAUCCGUGGACACUCCGCACAAGUCUCCUCCGUGUCCUUCAGCCCCAACAGCGACCUCCUGGCGAGCGUCGGGUGGGAUCAGAGGAUGGUGGUGCGAGUAUGGGACUUUCACUCAGGGGAGGACCGGCUCGUCCUACGAGGGCAUGCACGUGAAGUCCAUGCGGUGGCAUGGACGAGGUGCGGGGGGUUCCUAGUGAGCGGGAGUGAAGACAAAAGCAUCCGAGUGUGGAGCUCCAAGGGCGGGGAGGUGCACGCGAUCCUGAGGGGACACGAGAAGGGCAUCAACUCGCUGUGCUUCAAUCACAACGGCAAGAUCCUGGUGUCCGGGUCGAGCGAUCGCGCCGUCAAGGUGUGGGUGGUGGACAAAGACCGGCAGGUGGUAGAGGAGGAGGAAGCGCACGCGGGGAGAGUCUACAAGAUCGCCUUCAACCCCCAGGACCCGACGGUUGUAGCGUCGUGCAGCGCAGACAAGACCAUCCAGGUGUGGAACUUUGAGACGGGAGCUGCGACGAGUGCGGGGCUGGGAGGGCACACGGACUACGUCCUGGACGUCGCCUUCAGCCCGCACGACCCCAACUUGCUGGCCAGCUGCAGCUCGGACACGACAAUCCGACUGUGGGACGUCCAGAAGUUCCGUGUGAUCCUCCCUCCCCUCACCGGCCACAGCGGCGCCGUCUGCUGCCUUCUCUUCCAUCCUAGCGACCCGGCCGUGCUGGCGAGUGGGAGUUCCGACAGGACCAUCAGGGUCUGGAGCGUCACGGGGGGUCACCUCAGGAGGACGCUGAGGGGGCAUGACAGCGGCGUCGCAUCCCUGGCCUGCAGCUUGUCGAACCCAAACCUGCUGGCGAGCGGAGGGCAAGACGGGAGGAUCAAGCUCUGGCACUUCCUAGAGGGAUCCCCAGCAGGGGUCGACCUGGUGGGGCACGAGGGCUCCGUGAACCACCUGCGGUUCACAGAGGCAGCGAGUCGGCUCAUCAGCUGCUGUCAGGGAGGGCGGGUGAGCCUGUGGGACGUUUCCUCCUUCUCCUGCCUCCUCCGCUGGGACUCCAAGGCUCAGCUGACCUGGACGUCGGAGAAGUUCGUGCUUGCGUGCGAGCAGGGGAACAUCAUGGUAUACAACCUCCCGUCGGGGCCCGAGGCCUCCUGGUCCCCCCGGGCCUUCUUCAAGUCCCCCAACGCCAUCGUUGCCAUCGCCUGCUCGGGGGAUCAAGUCUGUGUGGCCGACGAGUCGCGCAAGCUGCUGCGAAUGCGGUUGACGAGGGACGGCAGUAGGAGGAGGUUGUUGUAAAUAGUGUGAGAGUGAAAUGAAAACGUAGGUGAAUUC